GCAUGCUCCCAGAUUCUAUUUCAGCCAAUUGGGACCUGGAUCCUACCUCAGCCAAUCGGGACCCGGAUCCUAUUUCACCCAAUCGGAGCUUGGUCUCUCUCCUCUCCAGUCAGCAAGGAGCUCACCCACCACCCUUAGACCCUGCCAAUUGACCAGAGCCAUGACCUAUCACCCCACCAACUACCCCUAGAUCCAGCCAACCAGCCAGAGGCACGACCAUCACCCCACCAACUGCCCUAGAACCCCAUAAAACCUUUGUGGUAUUGAAACUCGCUCUCUUUCUCUGGCAUCUUGCCACUGUGUUGGUGUAGAUGAAAGACUGAGCUAGAGCUAGCUCGAAUAAAGGCUCUUUGCUUUUGCAUCGGUGUUGGCUCCUUGGUGGUCUUCUGGGAUUUGCGACUUUGGGCACAACAUUUGGGGGCUCGUCCGGGAUCCCAGAGACCCCCCAGGACUCCCUACCUGGAGGGCCCUGUGCCGGCUGGUGAGUGCACUCAGUUAUCUGUCCUUGUCUACCUGUGUCUCAUUCUGUCUUUAUCUGUGUCUCACUGUUUUUGUUUGCGAACAAGCCUGUAUAAGCCUGUAGGAGCUCCAAUCUGUAUCUGGGUUGGCAUUGACUUAGGUGGAUGCGCUGGUGGGUUGCCGACCAGGGGUCUUGGGAGACGUCCCUUGCCCCCGUCUGGAGGAUGAGGUCCUCAUCUGUGAGGAAAGUCAGCUGCUGUUGCAGUCCAACAGGCCCUCAACUUACUUUCAGUUUUGCAUCCACGGCCAUGGCAGAUUCUUCUCUGUAGGCACCUGUUUGUUGUUUGUCAUGUUUGUCUUAGUUUUGUUGACAGAAGAAAUGGGACAGAUGCAGACGACCCCCUUGUCUCUCAUGACAGACCAUUUCUUUUUUUCAGACGUUAGGGAGAGAGCUCACAAUUUGAGCACGGACGUCAGGAAGGGAAAAUUUCGUGUUUUCUGCACCUCCAAGAGGCCGUCAUUUAACGUUGGCUGGUUGCCGGAAGGAACAUUUAAUCCAACCACUCUCUUACAGGUUAAAGAUAUUAGGGGAAGAGCUAACAACCUCAGUGUGGAAGUCCAGAAGGGUCGGUGGCAGAUUUUUGUUCUAAAAUAUCCGAAUUUCCUUAUGUCUACUGUCUUGCAAAGCCACAAAACUGCAAAUAGUAAUAGAAAUGAAACCCAGAAUAGAAGCGCCAACUUUCUGAGGCCCUCUCAACUGACCAAAGUUUCUAGGCAGCUAGAACCUUUGUGGGCAGUUCCCCACCCGAGCAGCCCCAGUGAAGGUGCUCUGGAUGCCGCCUUUCCUGAUGUGCGCAUCUGCUGCUGCGCCAGCACCUACAGAAGGUUUCACCGCGGGGUACACAAGCGGACAUGCUGUGAUAAGGGGUCAGCGUGGACACACGCAGCUACUGUGGCUCAGAAAACUCAGCACAGCUCCAGGGAGGAGGCAAACACCAGCAUCGUCUUGAGGCUACGUGGAGCCCAGGACGUUAUCGAGCUAUAA